AUGUAAGUUAAUAAAAAGAAGUGUAUUUUUUGUGAGAAACUUAAAAGUGAUGGAUCUUUUCAAUUAAUUCUUAAAAGAGCUCUGUUUUGUAGAUAUUCUCAAUCACAGAAUUUAAUUUACUAAAAAGACAUAAAUGAUAUCCUCGAUGACAAUUAAACAAAAUAUACAAUUGAAUACAAAGAUAAUUUGGAUUUGAUUAAAGAAAAUGAAUAUAUGAAAAGGUAUCUCAAUUAUUUGAAUACAGAUUUUAUCGUUUUUUUGAAAGUGACGAUCGAUUGCCAUCUUUAUUUGAGUAUUAUAAAUACCAUAUAAAUAUUCCUCGUAACUUUUACUCGAAAUUAAUAAAUAAACGUAUGGAAAAGAAUAGAGACCUACGUUAUAAUAAAAUAAAAUAAGAACUAGGUCUUCUUGAAGAAAUUAAGAAUGAUCCAUCUCCAAAAAAGAAAGACACUUCUGAAGAUUAAUCUGUAAGUUAGAUGAAGAAUCUUCUAAAAGAUCUUAAUAUUCAAUCAACAUAAACAGAUAUCUCUAGAGUAAGUAAUACUACUAUCUUAAAAGAUUUAGUUAAAAUGAUUGGAAAUUAAAAUUAAAAAUCUAAGCCUUUCUAAAUCUUCAAUUACAAUAAACUUAUCUUCAAAUCCCUUAAUCCAUUGAUUGAAGCUUAAAAAUUAUAAUUAAAAAAAGUAGAACCUAAAUUAUAAAAUAAAAAUUAAGAUAUAAUUAAAUUAACUAAGCAACCACCAUUAACUGAUAGAUAUCCUAAAUCUAAUUUAUUAUCCAGAUAAUCAUCAUAAUCCAAAAUUAAAAUUGAAGUAUAAACUAUUAAAAGACCACCUUAAUUAAAAUAAAGAUAAGGUUCAUUAGGAAAUAUUGAACUUACUAAAUCUUGUUAAACAACUUCUAGAAAUAAUCAAUAAUAAAAUGAAUUACUCUUUGAAUUAGCUAAGAAAGUAUUUUCAACUAAAAUUCCUUUAAAUAAUAAUCUUUAAUCAAAAAAGAAAUCAAAUUAAUAAUAAAAUAAUAACUUUUUUGUUAAUGGGAGAUCUAAUAUUUAAGGAAGCUUAAAAAAUCUAGAAGAUUUAAAAUCAUCUAUGAGAAGUUUAAAUGUUCCUCAUAAAACUUAAAAUAAAUUGAUUAAAUCUCAUCAAGGCACUCCAAAUUAUUAAAAAAAAUGA